GGUAACUGCUGUUGGAAUCCUGUCUAGCUUGACAUUAUAGUGAAUUUUGGAAGAGUACUGAACUCAGAGCUAUUUUGCCUUGCUAUAAGGGAAUAAUAAAGGAUGUACAGCUUUAUGGGCGGAGGGCUGUUCUGUGCAGGCAUAGGGAAUAUACUCUUGAUUGUUUCCACAGCAACAGAUUACUGGAUGCAGUACCGACACUCUGGCAACUACAUGCACCAGGGGCUAUGGAAGUACUGUGUGACUGGAAAAUGCUACAGUCACACCGACAGCAUUGCUUACUGGGAUGCUGCCCGGGCUUUCAUGAUUCUCUCCUUACUGGCCUGCUUCUUUGGUAUCAUCAUUGGCAUCCUAGCGUUCAUCCACUACUCCUCCUUCGACAGGUUCGACAAAACCUUUGCAGCUGGCAUUCUUUUCUUCAUUUCAUGCAUCUUUGCAUUGCUGGCUAUGGCAGUGUACACUGGGGUGACAGUGAAUUACUAUGGUAAGGGGUAUGGCUAUUGGAGGUUUUCCUGGUCUUACAUCACUGGUUGGGUGGCGGUCAUCCUCAUGUUCUUCUCAGGGAUCUUCUACGUGUGUGCCUACCGUAUGAACGAGUGUCCCAGAAGCACAAGCUCACACUAGGACCAGAAGCCUGCUCCAUUUGCUAUGGGGAAGGGAGUAACUGGAUUUGAAAUCCAGGAAUGCCUUGUCCGGUUUGAAGCUGGGGGUGCUGACUCUCAUAUGGCAAUAAUAAAAUAAUGUUGCGUUAACCGGUCUCCCAGUGAAAGCACAAUGAUACAGUGGGACUGCAGAGGAGGAAAUGAUGUGUGCAGCACAAACACACACACCCACACACACUCACACGUGUGCAGAUCACUCAAACUAACAUCCCUGCAUCGUCAUAUUACAUUUACAGCUUUUAUGUUCCAAUGCUAAUUAGGUGUAGCCACCUAACAGCCAUGUGUUCAUUUGUGACGAUUCUCUGAUAUAAAAUGACAAGUCAGAAACAAAACAGACACCCCGACCUGAAUCAGUUACGACCUCAUGGAUACACUGCCCUGUUAUGCAAGUGGAAUGGCUGGACAGUGCUGCAAGCCAUGGGGUUGAGCCAGUGCAGUCACUCCGGCAUGUGGAGUAACAGGUGGGGAUGUGAAAGGACAGGGUGAGUGGGACGGUGCAUUGACAGCUCAGAAUGCCAUCUCUAUAGUGUCCUGCUGGGCAUUCAAAGUAUUACACAGACAUUCACUAUUGCAGACUGACUGCCACACCUAUCUCUCUUUACUAAACGCACAUGCUAAAGGCUUUGUAGGGGCUCCUGUAUAGGUCUCUGUGUGAUCUCAGGUGAAGGAGGCUGAUUUACUUGGGGAUGGAUCAACCUGUACCUCCAGAUGCAUUGCACUCAACAUUAUUGACAGCAAGUGCUGCUGCAGUGUGCAACUAUUGAGCAUGGUACACAAUUUGUGAGUGAACUUUUGUAUGCAGAAACGGCAACACAUUUUUAAAAUCUAUUGUUUUUUUUGUUUUUUUUGGUUUUACACUUUGAUGUCAGGGUUUUCAUAUCGGUUUGUACCAAUCCUUUGAGAUAUUUCAUUUAUUAAAAAUAAGCAGGGAAAAAAAGACAUUUCAUUUUUCAUUACUGUCUGUGGA